CAGUAUCGAGUCGCUCCAGCGCAGUGUGCCUUGGCUCUGUAGGCGUGUGUAUACACUUAUAACGUUGUGUGUUUAAACUGAAGAAAAAUUAAAUAAUAGAUAUAGACCUCGUGGGGAAAACUCAAGCAAAUCGCAUAUUUUUGCGGUUUCUUUUACCACAUUUUGCGGACAGGCUUCUGUUCUUCUGCACGGAGUCAGCUUUGAGGGGGGAAAAAAAGACGAAGAGGGAUAUCACGACUUCCUGGAGAGAUCCAGCUUUUUAUCCAGAACAUUCCUUAUCCUCUCCGUCAUGCGUCUGACACCCUGAAGUAUCAUUGGAUGAGCACUGAGUGAUUAAAGAGAGUCCUUGCUGAUCACCACUGAAGCUCCAGCUUGUGUUUAGGGUAGUUGCACCUGGACCUCUGCCCCCACUACCCUGUUUCUACAUCUUCUGUACAGACGUUUCUUUCCCUGAGAUCGUAGAAAGAGAAACAUCUUGUCUCUCUGCUGGAUUCUGCUGCCACCCAGGCACUGACGGUGGAAAGAAGUACACUGCGGGUCAUGCUGUGGGUCUGAGUGCUGUAGCUGGUGCUGAAAUGCGGUUGGUUUUGGGGUUGCGGCCCCUCCUGGCCCUGACCUUUAUCCUUACUGGCCUGUUACUGCUGUCCAAUGUUGUCACACCCUUUCCCCAGGACCUGGAGCCAAUCAGCAUAGUCGGGAGUGAAUACUCCUACCUGUACCCUGGUUUCCAGGGCAACAUGUCAGAUAAUGACACAGCGAGGCUCGGUCUGGACUUCCAGAGAAUGUUGCGUAUAAACCACAUGCUGUACAUUGCUGCCAGGGAUCACGUCUUUGUCGUCAAUCUUAGUACUUCGACUGAGCAAAUCGUCCCUCAGCAGAAACUGACAUGGAAGACAAAGGAUGUAGAUAAAUGCACAGUGAGGGGCAAGAACAGCGAUGAGUGCUACAACUACAUCAAAGUGCUGGUGCCUCGUAAUGAUGAAACACUGUUUGCAUGUGGGACCAACGCGUUCAACCCCACCUGUCGCAACUACAAGAUGGCCACUCUGGAGCAGGUUGGAGAGGAGGUGGUUGGUCAGGCGCGGUGCCCUUUUGAAUCGCGCCAAUCCAACGUUGGCCUGUUUGCUGGUGGUGAUUUUUACUCAGCAACAAUGACAGAUUUUUUAGCCAGUGAUGCAGUGAUCUACCGAAGUUUGGGGGAAAGUAGUCCAGUCCUGCGAACCGUGAAGUACGACUCUAAAUGGCUGCGAGAGCCUCAUUUUCUUCAUGCAAUUGAGUAUGGGAACUAUGUGUACUUUUUCUUCAGUGAGAUUGCAGUGGAGUACACAACUCUUGGCAAGGUGGUGUUUUCCAGGGUGGGUCGGGUGUGCAAGAAUGAUAAUGGAGGUUCUCCUAGGGUUCUGGAGAAGUACUGGACAUCAUUUCUUAAAGCCCGGCUGAACUGUUCUGUUCCUGGCGAUUCGUUCUUCUACUUUGAUGUUCUGCAAUCCUUAACAAAUGUGAUGCAGAUUAACCACAGGCCUGCUGUGCUGGGAGUUUUCACCACACAGGCCAACAGUAUCACUGGCUCCGCUGUUUGUGCUUUCUACAUGGACGACAUUGAGCGAGUGUUUAGUGGCAAGUUUAAAGAACAGAAGACCAGUGAGUCGGCCUGGACCCCUGUACCUGAUGAGCAAGUACCCAAACCCAGGCCAGGUUCCUGUGCUGGAGAUGGUUCUGCGGCAGUGUACAAGUCCUCGACUUCCUUUCCCGAUGAGACUCUCACCUUUAUCAAGUCUUAUCCGCUCAUGGACGAAGCUGUGCCUUCAGUGAACGGGCGGCCAUGCUUCACGAGAACUACGAGCAGAUUUAAGUUGACCCAGUUAGCAGUGGAUACGGCCGCUGGACCUUACAAGAACCACACGGUCCUGUUCCUGGGUUCGGAAAACGGGCACAUUCAGAAGAUCCUCGCCAGCAUGCACCCUAACUCCACCUACAGCACCCAACUCCUGGAAGACAUUGACGUGUACAACCCGAACAAAUGCAAUAUACGUGGGGAAGACCGGAGGAUUCUGGGACUGGAGCUGGAUAAGGACCAUCAUGCCCUGUUUGUGGCCUUCUCUAGCUGUGUGGUACGUGUACCUCUGAGUCGAUGUGCUGACUACGGAACCUGCAAGAAAAGCUGUUUGUCCUCACGAGACCCUUACUGUAUUUGGCUGAAGACGGGAAGUUGUGCCACUGUGGCGCCAGGACUAAAAUCAGGGUUUGAGCAGGAUGUGGAGAAUGGCUUCUCGCAGUUUCCCGACAGCUGCCACGAUGUCUUGGCAACCACUCGAAAGCAGAACCCUGCACUGGAUUCAGCGUACGGAAAGACCUCACCCACAAGCGCCAGCCCAACCAUUCAGGGACCAGCUCUGCCUAAAGGGCCAAGUGUCUCUGAAAAAGGUACCCACCCUGCGGAGGGGAAGCGGGGAGGGCAGGGCUCCCCUGGCUUGGAGCCAAUCAGUGUGGAGAUGGAGGGAGUCCGUCGUCCUCCUGAAGUUGACAAGUCUAACCACAGUGUUCAUUACACUCUGCUAAUAGCAUGUGUGCUUGUGGCAUUUGUCUUGGGUGCCUUCCUCUCUGGGUUCCUUGUGUCCUGUUACUGCAACUACAAUGUUAACAAGACUAAGAGACUGGCCAAGGACCCGGAGGCUCCUAUCCCUCAUGCUCUGUCUCUGCGAAGUCUGGCUAAGCUGAAUGGCCUUCUGGAAAACCAGGGCAAGGAUGAGAAGCUGGAGGUAUCUUCUCCAAAGCUAUAUAAUGCCUUCUUUCAAAAUGGGAAGGAUCAUUCAGGGCGGAGACAUGGCCACCAUGGUGUUAUGGCAGAGCUGAUACAUCCGCAUCACCACCACUCUUCUGAGCUGUCUGGGCUUCCAACCCCUGAUUCGACACCUGAACUGCCAAUCAAGAGCAUGAAGGCCUUCAAGAACCAGUGGGAGAAGAAUCAAAAUUGUAACAAUGCCAAAGAGCCCAAGUCUCACAAUAUGGCUGGCUCUAGGCCUAGCUCUGGAAUUCCUCAGCAGGUCUUUCCAUUUACCCAUGGUCUGGCUAGCCGACAGCCUUUGAGUGGGUCUGUGCAUCUGGAAGAGCGCAAGAUACACAACUCUGAGCGUGUCCCAAGUCAGCCACAACACUGCUACCCACACAAGAUUGUGGAUGUGACCUCACUUGAUGAGCUCCUCAAGCACAUUCAUGAGAUUAAUGUUGCGACUGGAAAGAGCCCCACUGUGCUUACCUCAUCCAUAUCCGCUAACUCGGGCCAGAUGGCAUUUGCCAACCGCGUGCAGCCACAGAUCCCUGAAACAGAGUCAGCUCCCUACUAUAGCUCCUCCACCCUGCCCAGAGACAGCCUGACACGUCGCAUGGAUGUGCCACCAGAGAUGCCCUCCCAGCACCAGUCUACACUGGAGAGGGUUUCACGUCAUGCCUCCCAGCGCCAUUCGCUCAUGUCAGCUGGAGGAGCCGUUUGCCGAGAACCAAGCUUUAGCCGUCGCUCACACCAUCCCCCACUUCUUGCCCGGGUCAACUCUACCGGAGGCUGCGAUGCACGUCACCCACUCAUACCCAAUGGCUACCUGACACGUCAGCACAGCUACAGCGAGCAGCCUGAGCUCCAGCGUGGAGCUGUGGUACGUCGCACAGCCUCACUAAAACCUGAUGUCCCUCCUAAACCACUCUUUAUUCCUGCCACCUCACCUGUAAAUCAGGCUGGGAAGUUCAACUACUGAGCUCCCAUGGACUUCUCACUUGCACUUCAGAGUGUGUAGACUAAACAAAUCUACACUUGUUCAUAAAGCGCAAGUCUAGACUCCAGUCUGGAUUGCUUAGUUCUGUUUAUGGGCAGCUGUUAAAUAAAUGCUGCACCACCACUGAGAAAUGGAUUCAGUCAGGAGAAGAAAAAAAAAAAGAACUGCAAUAGAACUGAUAAUGGCUGCCAGUGUUGUCAACUUUACAUUUGAACUUGACUCUUUUUCUUUCUUUGUGCCUCAUGAAUAUUUGUACCAUAUUGGUAUUGCUCAGCUAUUUGCUUAUAGAAGGUGAGGAAGUAGAAGAGAAUGGAACAGUGCCCAUCUUGUUUUAGGCUGCCACUGUGUUGAGUGUUGCUUUUCAGUGUUCUCCUGAACUCUUGGUUAUGGUAUUACUAAUUUUAAGGCUGAGACUAACCUAGGCUUGAGCCUUAUACUGAUUCAGAUUUCUCUGGCAUUGAACAAAAUUUUUUUUUUUUCGAUGUAGACUUGAUGGACCUUAUCAAUCCCAGUUCUAAACGUGUAUAUAUAUAUGCAUGUGUGUGUAUAUAUAUGUGUUUAUAUUUACACAAUAUAUGUAUGCAUAUACCUAACCAGUAUAUGUAUUCUGUAUUCUGAUAAAAUGGAUGAUCACCUCUGAAAGUAGCUCUUUGCCUUAUUUUGACAGGUAAACUUUCAGUUAAUUUGCCCUCCCAUUUUGUAUUUUAUAUAUAUAUAUAUAUAUAUAUAUAUAUAUAUAUAUAUAUAUAUAUAUAUAUAUAUAUAUAUAUAUAUAUAUAUAAUAAAAUGUAUGUGUAUUUUUUUUUUACCUACAAGUAUUAAAUCCCCUGAUUAAACACAUGAGCAAUAACAUUUUCAGCUGUAUUACCACAAAUUUUGCAACAGCACUGCCCACCUUUUAGAGUGUCCUAGUAAAAAAAAAGAAAAGAAAAAUCAGCAUUCAAUCUCUUGUUAUCUCUGUUUACAAAUGGGAUGAAUUGGUCCUUAAUUUAGUGUUAUUAAUAUAAAUGUAUGUAAGAGGAAUGUAAAGAAUGUAAUCAGAUGUGCAUCAGACUCAUGAGUUUACCCAAAGCAGUAUGUAUUUAGAUCUCCUAAUACAGAAACACUAUGGUCCAGUGGUCCAGUUUCUUUGAUGCCGUUUAAGCCGCACUGCAGAAGAGUAUCAGUGUAAAAUUCCUUCUUUAAGACUGGACUGAAACUGUGAAAACUGACCCUUCAUGCCAGAAUGCAAGCUUAACUCCCGAUCUGAUCUUCUCCUCUUUUCAUCAUGUUCAAAUGUGUUUUAUCAUUAUUAACUUUGUAGCUGUAUGGUGUAAAUAUAAGAACAAUAACUAGCCAAAUUCA